AUGCACUCUCUCCCUAACUCGUUUCUAGUGGCUUUAUCGUUUACCGUUCUAGUUGAUGGCAGCCAUUACUGGUCCUCGCCUCGCCACCGCACUGUUGCUCAUAGACAACUUUCCGGCGAAACCUACAUGAUACAAGACUUUUAUCAAGGGGAAGAUUUUUUCAAGGAUGUACCACCUAUACAUGACUGGACUUUCGAUGUUGGAUCGGAUCCCACUGAUGGAAAUGUCAUCUACCAAAGCCAAUCGGACGCGCAGUCUAAGGGUCUUGCGUAUAUCAACGACAGCAACAACUCAUUGAUCCUUGCAGUUGAUUCAACCAGCACCGUUGCUCCUGGUGGUCAGCGUGCUUCUGUUCGCAUCACAUCUCAGAAGAGUUACAAUGGCGGUCUCUUCAUCUUUGACGCUUCCUACAUGCCUGUAGGUUGUUCUACGUGGCCUAGUUUCUGGACCGUUGGCCCGCACUGGCCCAUGGCAGGUGAAAUCGACAUCGUUGAGGGUGUGAAUAAUCAAGACACAAACCAGAUGGCGCUUCAUACCGGCACGAACCAAACUUGCACUAACGAAAUGACAAAUGGUACCCAGCAGUUUACGGGCCAGAUAAAAAAGACCAACUGUUACAGCACUGGACGUGCGGACUCAGGCUGCAUCAUCGAGGACACGGACACAAGCUCUUUUGCGUAUGGUUUCAACAAUGCAGAGGGUGGUGUCUUUGCACUUUUGUGGGACAAUUCCACAGGCAUGUCAAUAUGGCACUUCGCUCGGGCUAAUAUCCCUGCGGAUCUCAUAGCCCAAACGCCCAGGCCUUCUACAUGGGGCAUACCAGCUGGAUUCUGGUCUUCACAAACCUGCGACAUCACGGCCAACUUCUACGACCACCAGAUGGUCAUUGACACUACUAUCUGCGGCCAUUGGGCUGGUGGUCGUAUCUACGCCCAAUCCGGGUGCCCAGGAACGUGCUCAGAUAUGGUCGCCAAUGCUACCAACUACAUCAAUUCCAAGUGGGUCAUCAAUUACGUCGCCGUCUACCAGUAUCAUAUCGCCAGCGGUGCGUACGCACCAAGUCCCCGACUUCCACUUAUGAUCAUUUUGUCAUUGGUAAUUUACUUGUUGCUCCUGUAA